GUCACCUUGAGGCGGACGGCUGUGUGCGUUCGAAGGCUACAUGGAAUGGUGAUGUUUUCAUUUCAGGUGGCUAAAUCCGUGGAGAGGGGGUACAAAGACAUGCAUUGCAAAGGGGAAUCUUGUCGCCUCAUUGAGACACACUCCAACAGUUUCCAAAGAACAGAGACGGUGUGUUUGCCAUAGAUUGCUGAAGUCGUGUGCUUCAUGACUAAUACAAAUGUGAAAAAGGCUCCUCCAGUUAAUAUCCGAGGAUGAUGAUUCAUGCAUGGAAUGGUUAAUACUAACAGGAUAUUUCUACUACUUUUUUUCCUGUUUAUUUAAAAGGAAGGCAGCAAUCAUCACACAUCUUCUUUUGUGAAAGCACAAGCACUUGAAGCACAUCAGAUAAUCGCUUGUCAAAUACACUUGUUUUUCGCAGAAGAACCCAGCAAGCUAUAUGAUUAUAUUGGAUACUUCUAUCUUGAUUUUGUUGUUCUAAAACAAUGCAGUAUUUCACUUCACAAAUUCAACAGUUUCAUGGGAAAGAGGAAUUGUAUGCUAGAAAUUUAAAAAGAAUGAGUUUGCUGCUGAUUUUGGGGGUUCUGUACCUUCUUCCACAUGGAGAAGCCAUCAAUGUCCGACUGGUCAAUGGACACAAUAACUGCUCUGGGAGGGUGGAGGUCUUCCGCAAUGGUCAGUGGGGGACAGUGUGUGAUGACAACUGGGACAUCAAUGCGGCCCAGGUACUGUGCAGAGAGGUGGGCUGUGGACAGCAUUCACUAAUUGUUCCCCUACAUGGCGCCUACUAUGGAGAAGGACAUGGCCCUGUUAUCCUGGAUGAUGUCAAAUGCACUGGGACUGAGUCCUCACUGCUGAACUGCAAGACUGGUGAAACAAAAAAUCAAAAAUGUGAUCACUCGGAGGAUGCAGGGGUCGAUUGUUCAGGCCCAGAGAUCCCCAGAAUCAGGCUGGUCAAUGGAAACAAUAACUGCUCUGGGAGGGUGGAGGUCUAUCAAAGGGGCCAGUGGGGGACAGUGUGUGAUGAUCACUGGGGAAAGGCUGAUGCCGAAGUCGUCUGCAGAGAGGUGGGCUGUGAAGGCAACGGGUCUUCUGUCGCAGUACAUGGCUCCUACUAUGGAAAAGGGAGCGGUGUCAUUCACAUGUAUGGAGGCUGCAGUGGGAACGAGUCCUCGCUACUCAGCUGUGGGGCAAUGAGACGUUUUCACUGUGACCACUCAGAGGACGUAGGAGUCGAUUGUAUAGGCUUAGAGACCAUCAAAGUCAGGCUGGUCAACGGAUCGAAUAACUGCUCUGGGAGAGUGGAGAUCUUCCACAGAGGCCAGUGGGGGACUUUGUGUGACCAUUCCUGGGGCUCAACAACUGCUCAGGUAGCAUGCAGGGAAGCAGGCUGUGCGGGAAACGGCUCUGCCGUUGCAGUAUAUGGAGCACACUUCGGCCAAGGAAGUGGCCCCAUUAUUAUGACUGAGUUCUGCAGUGGGGACGAGUCCUCCUUGUACGAGUGUGGACUUCAUGGAAUGGGACACUACGGGUGUCAACAUACGGAGGACGCAGGAGUCUUCUGCUCGGGCAUCGAUACCUUAAAAGUCAGGCUGGUCAACGGAUCCAAUAACUGCUCUGGGAGGGUGGAGGUGUUCCAUGGCAACCAGUGGGGGACAGUAUGUGGUCAUAGCUGGGAUACCAAUGGAGCCCAGGUGUUGUGCAGGGAGGUGGGCUGUGGGGAGGCGGAGAAUCUUAUCCCUCUGCACGGAGCCUACUAUGGAGAAGGAAGUGGCCCGGUCUUUGUACAAGGUCACUGCACCGGAGACGAAACCUCUCUGCUGCAAUGUGGACUGCGGACUGUGAGGUACUUUGGCUGUGAUCACUCAGAUGAUGCGUCAGUUGAUUGCUCAGGCACAGAGAACAUAAGAGUCAAACUGGUCAAUGGACACAACAACUGCUCUGGGAGAGUGGAGGUCUUCCACAAGGGCCAGUGGGGGACUGUGUGUGACCGUAACUGGAACAGCGAAGCUGCUCGAGUGGUGUGCAGAGAGGUGGGGUGUGGGGAUCGCGUGUCUGCAGUGGCCGUGCACAACGCACACUUUGGAGAAGGAACUGGAACGAGCUAUGUGCAUGGCCACUGCAAUGGGGAUGAGCCGUCUUUGCUGAGCUGUGGACUGCGAGACAGGGGAUAUUCUAGCUGCGGUCACACGGAAGACGCAGGAGUUGAUUGUGUGGGCAUAGAGAACAUGCCUAUCAGACUGGUGAAUGGACACAACAACUGCUCUGGACGUUUGGAGGUGUUUCUCAGCAACAAGUGGGGGACAGUGUGUGAUGACAAUUGGGAUAAGGCUGCUGCUGAGGUGGUGUGCAGACAGAUGGGCUGUGGAGUGGGUGGGUCAGCCAUCGCCAUACACAGUGCACACUUUGGAGAGGGAAGUGGACCCAUUAUGCUACUGAAUCACUGUAGUGGGAACGAGUCCUUGCUGCAGAGCUGUGGAAUACAAUACAUGGAAUAUCAAGGCUGCUAUCACUCCGAGGAUGCAGCUGUCGAUUGCUCAGGUCUUGUGAGUCCAGGCAUUGAAGUUUUUGUACAACCUCAAGCCAGUAGCAAAUACAUUGUGAUCUGUUCUUUCAAUGUGCACAUCAGAGGAAGUACUGUUUAUUUAAAUGUCGUGGGCCACAAUAACUACACUGUGCAUGCUUUCCAUGAAGCAGAAAACAUAUCCGUGUUCAUUAUCAAUGAAGCUCCUCCAGUGUCCUUUACCUGUGUGCAUGACAUAUCAGAAUCUGGACAACUUGGCUCAGCUAUGUUCAGCGAGACAAAAUCUUUCAGCGUUCAAGGUGCUCCAUACAAUAAUUGCGUCUCCACUAAAACCUACACGGCAUUUAUUGUGAUUGGUCUGAUUGUGAUCGGGGCGAUUAUCGGGGCUGUCGUUUUCACAGAGCUCAGGGCACGACGACGAGCCUCCAGUGAUGAAAAGGACAACAGCUGUGAAUCUCAAGAACUUUCUCUAAUAGAGGACACCUCACCAACGGCUGUUUUGCUUAAUUCAAGCUAAAUACUGUAUGGGUUUCGAGACGCAUAUCAGCCUCUUGGUUUCAAUGAGAGCUUUUUAUUGCUUCAACUGUACCCCAAAUAUAAUGCCAAUAUUAGAAUAUACAAUACUGUUAUAACUCUUAUUUUGUCAUUUAUCUUUAAAGUAUUAUUGUACAGUGGCUGUUUUUAUUUUUCCUAAUCAUUUUAAUUAGUACACAACAAAAAAUGCUUCUGUGCUACAUUUAGACAUUAGUGUUUAAUCUAAAAAAUGAAUUUUAGUCCUUCAGUUGCUUUAACACAAUAUAUAGGACCUAUAACAGCAAGUUCACAGCUAGCAAUGCCAAAGACAGCUGUACUCUACUCAGGUAGAUAUGAUCUAUGCAGAGAAAAAAAUGCAUGCAGUGAAAAUGAAAGAAUUUGCAAAUAGCUGGGUAGCAAGAGACUCCUCAGGCCACAAACCCCUCUUGUUCCAUUUUGAUUUUCAUGCUACUGGGCUUCCAUCAUGAUGAAACACUGCCAUCCAAACCUGCAAUCCUCAGAACGUCCUCGCACCUGUGAGUAAGUGGGAAGCUGUGCGUUGGGUUCGAAUGUUUGAGACUGUGGCUGCAAGGACACACCUCUUGUGCGGAGAGGACACCUGUCUCCAGGCUGGAGAACUGAAGCACCCAAUCCCAGUAAAACCUUGUGUACCAUCCUCACCUUCAGAUUAAUCUCUGGCCCGGUUGGUCGAAGAAAUGGAGUUUCUGCGAUGGAAUCUGGCCUUCUGCAUACAGUAUGUGCAGCACCAUUUCCUCCAUUUUAAUGAGCCCUGGACAAUAAAGCCAAAGUGUAAAGAAGCCUUUUCUGUAUAAGGACAGCUGGAUAAUUAUGGAAGGUGUGCACGUGGCCUGGUAAAUCAAUUUAGGGUACUUCCAUAUUCGUUUUGUCUUCUCUGCACACAGCUGAUGAUUCACAUUGUUGUAAAAUUUUCAGCGCAGACCUCAGCUCCUCUCUGUGAAUUUAUUCCUGAACAGUGUGACAGGCCUCAUCCAGCCAGAGGGGGAUAGACACCCUCCAGAGUCUUGUGUCUUGUGAAAUAUUAAAAUAUUUCAAAGUGGG